AAGGGAAAUUCUUUUCACUGAAUUUAGGAAGUCAUUGCUGAGCAGACAUCCUGGUUGGAUACAAUUAACAAAUUUACUGCCGGUAGAAGCCCGGGGAUAUAUAUAUAUAGGUUUAUUUCACUUUACUAGUCAGUAUCCUAACGGAUGGAAUUCAAUAAGCACUGGUUCUCUACAUGUUUGACUGAUUGAAUAUUGAUUCUUAUUGAUUUGUAUUGAUUGCUUUAAAAUAAAAAUUUGAGUGAAUUUCAUCAUGUUUCCUGUACAAAUACAUAAGUCCGAAUUCUUGCUGCAAACUGGAGCUCAAUAUCAGCUUCAUACAGACAAGAAUAAGUUGUCGCUGAAGAGACCAUCAUCAGCUAAGACGUUAAUAAGUUGGCGGUGGGACACCAUAAGAAAUCAUUCAGUUUACCAACAAUAUUAUUCAAUAGAAAUGUAUGAUGCAACCCUGUCAAAAACCUGUUCACUAACUUUAACAUCAUGCAAUGCUGGAGCAAUCUACAAAGCAGUACAAGAAAAUAUCCUAGUAUUUAGCACGAAAGUGUGCAAGAACUUGAAAAACUUACAAGCAGAAUGUAAAUCCGAUUCACCCGGAACAGGAAUUGAGAUUCAACCACAGGACAUUCCGAAAGAUUUGUUAUAUGAAAAUCUAAAGAUUAACAAGAAAUACGAAAAUAUAUCUUCACAAUUUGAUGUGAACAAUUACGAAGGGCAAGAAAAAAGCAACCAAGAAAUUAGGAUAAAAUCAUCCUCGGAAAUACCCACAAUAACACUGACAACAGAAAAAUUGCAAAACAGUAAUAAUAUAAUAAAUUGUGUUGAACAGGCUAUCACCACUCCAAAAAGAAAGAACAGAGGACGACCUUAUAAAGAAGUUGUACAACUUGUGAUGAAUCAGACACAAAAAAUUACUUCCCCACAAUCUGAGUCAAAGUAUUGCCAAGGACAAGAAAACGACAACCAAGAAAAUUGUGUUAAACAGGUUAUUGCAAAUCCAAGGAGGAAGAACAGGGAUCAGCCUUACAAAGAGAUGGUACAAAUCCUAACUGUACAGAAUUAAAAGCAACAAUUCUUCAGAAAGUGUCUUAUUUAGAGAAAAAUGAUUUUUGUGGUACAUUAUCAACAAUUUUGAUAGACUUUAUCAAGAGUAAAAAACUGGGCAUAUUUUUACACAAUCAUAUAUAUUAUACUGUAUUUUUGUUAUUAUUAUCAUUAUUGUAUCGGUUAUUAAAUUUUGGCAAUGAAAUAAUAGAAUUAUUAUUGCUAAUGUCAUUCUUAUAAUUUUCAUCAUGUACAUUAAGGUAAAAAAAUUACGUAAAAUUACGGCAAAUCCAAAAGGAAAAGUUCAGAUUAAAUUAAAUUGUACCAUGUGUAAGCUAAAUGUUGAAUGGUAGAUUUAUGAUAAUUGAAAAUGUUCAAAAAUAUUAAAUGUAUAUGUGUAUGAAUAACAUAAUAAAAUAUAAAAUGAAUGUGUACAAAUUAUUUACUAUCUAUUUCUAUUUUAAGUAAAUCAAAAGAGAAAUUGUAAAUGUUGUAAAUAUUAAUUUUAAUCUAAUAGGAAAUGGACAGUAUUUCAUGAAAUAUAUAAUAAUAAAUAUAUAUUCAUAGUGCAAUAUGACAUAAUUGAUGAAAUCAAAUUGUUUAUAUAUUAUUACUGUUAUUCAUCAAUAAAAAGGA